AAAAAAGAGAAAAAAACCAAAACAUUGACUUGUAGACCAGUGCCCCCUCAUAACGGCAAUGCUAAACGCCAAAAUACAAUUUUUAAUAAGGCAUAGCAGCAGAUGCCCGUGGUAGUCGAAUUAACUGACUUUUUUUCUACGUUCUUCGUGUAAGAAGCAACAUCAAUCAAAACAACGUUCAAAAUCGCAGUCAAAGUCUUUAACAGCCACUCGAACUGCUUUUGUAUUUAUCGUCUGACUAUAUUCAAUCAAAUUUAUGGUUAUUCGUCACUCUGCAAAUAGUACAUGUCUUUAAAAUGGCAAAUCCAAACAAACAUAUUUGCAAAUUACAAGAAUUUGCUGCACACAAUGCAAAUGUUACUUGUUUGGCUCUUGGUCAAAAGAGUGGCUUAGUAUUAGCUACAGGUGGUGCAGAUAACAAAGUGAAUUUGUGGAAAGUUGAUAGUGAAACAUGUUUUAUGAGCUUAUGUGGUCACGUAACUCCAAUUGAAUGUGUACAAUUUGAUCCAUCUGAGUAUUUAGUGGGUGCUGGUAGCCAAACAGGUGGCUUAAAAGUAUGGGACUUAACUAAAGGAAAAAAAGUUAAAACAUUUAGUGGACAUAAAUCGGCUGUUACAAAAUUAGAUUUUUUUCCUUUUGCUUCAUCUUCAUAUUUUGUAACGGGUUCAAAAGAUACCAAUGUUAAGUUGUGGGAUUAUCGAUAUUCACAUUGUAUAGGGAUGUAUAAAGGUCAUGAAGCAUCUAUAUCUAGUUUAAAAUACAGUCCAGAUGGUUUAUGGAUUGCUUCUGGCGAUGAAGAUGGAUGUGUUAAGAUAUGGGAUUUGAGAGUUGGACGCAUGAUUCAUGUUUUUGAUAAACUACAUAAAGGAGCAGUAACAUCAAUUCAAUUUCAUCCAUUAGUAUUUUUAUUAGCUAGUAGUGGAACAGAUAAUAAAAUUAAUAUAUUAGAUUUGGAGCGAUUUAGUAUUAUUUCUCAAAUAGAUACAGACAAAUCUAUAAUUAGAUGUUUGCAAUUCAAUGACAAAGGAGAUGUUUUAUAUGGAGGUGGUAAUGAUUACCUUGGGGUAUAUGGUGUAGAACCAACUAGAGUAUGUGACUCUGUAGUUGUAAAAUGGGGAAAUAUGAACGAGUUAGUUGUAAAAGAUAAUCGCAUUGUUGGUGCUUCACAUUUAUUAACAGAUGUUUCAACAUGGUUAAUUAAUUUACCUGAAGAAUAUCCUUUUAAGAAUCAAUUUUCACCACCUGAUAAAUCAUCAAAAACUAAUACAAUGUUUACAAGAGAUACUAGUGUUCGAAAAAGUUUUAAUAAACAAAAGUCACGAGAAAUGAUAAAACCUAAAACAAAUAUGAAAUUAAUUGAUGAAAGCGAAACUGAUAUCGAUGAUGAAAAUCAAACUGUAAUUAAUAAUGUUCAUGAUUACCAUUCAGUGUUUAAGCCAAAUAGAACUUCGUUUAAACCAAGUAGAAUAUUAAAUAGAAGUCCACCUCCAUUUUCACCCUUAUCUGAAGACGAUAAUUCCAAUAAUAUAUUUACUGGUGAAGUAAAUAGAAAUCAAUCAACUUCUGCAAAAUUAGAAGAUAAAAAACAUAGCAUUGAUCUUUCUCAAGGAGUAAUGCAAAGUAGUUAUUCAGAAGCUGAAACUUCAUCCGUGGAUUCUACUCCCUGUGAUUCAUUUCAGUUACCUCAGUUUGAAAGUUCUGGUGAUUACCAUACUCCUGACUUACCAACUCCUUUAUCAACACCUGAUAGUAUUGAGGCAUCUGAAAAAAGACACAAUCCUUAUAUAACAUCAUCAGUUUCAAUGCGUAGUGUAUCUUCUAAUGUAAUUAACGAAAGCUUAACUAAACGUCCAUCGUCUUUACCAGUAUUUAGACAAAAUGAUCAUUUUGCUUAUGGACAUAAGUAUACAUCUCCUCAAUCUCAAAGAAAAAUAAUACCAGAUGAAAUUACAUCAUUACCUCAACAUAAACGACUGUUGGCUGAUGAUUUUUUAGUUACACCAGAACAUAAAAAGACUGAUAUCAUCGCAAAGAAAUUUGAACUUCCCCUAGAUGAUUUUGGGGAAUUAAAAAAUGUUUGUACAAAUAGUUUAAAUAAUGUCAUGUAUGAUGAAGAAGACAUAGUGGAAAUUCUUUCAAAAAACCAUAAGUCCACUAUGGGUGUGCUCAAAGAAAGACAACGUUAUCUUAACAUUAUACAGACAUUAUGGACUAAUAAAAAUUUUAAGUGUGCUGUAAAUUCUGCUGUUUCCAUGAAUGAUGAUGCUGUUAUAUCAGAUCUCAUUUCUAUUAUUACACAACGCCCAAAUCUUUGGUGCCUAGACGUUUGCAGUAUGCUUCUUCCUUCGAUAUCUGAUUUAAUUCAAAGUGGCAAUGAGGCAUUCAUAAAUAUAAGUUUCAAAGCCAUAAGAGAUAUACUGCAGUAUUUUAUGCCAGUCAUUAAGAAUAAUAUACAAAGACCACCUUCUGCAAUAGGUGUUGAUAUUAUGCAAGAAGAAAGAUAUAACAAAUGUCGCAAGUGUCAAAACAUACUUAUGGAUAUCAGGUCAUUUGUACUGAAGAGGCAAACGGUGCAGGGUAACUUAGGCAAUGUGUUCAGACAGUUGCAUAUGCUCUUGCAAACAAUAGACAUCUAAAUAGCAGAAAUAAGACAAAAAUGUGCCUUAAUCCGCUAAAGAGACGGCAUAGAACAAGUGGUGAAUCCUGUUAAUUGCGUGUCUUACGAUACAUUAUUAUUAUCAUUAUAUUUUUUUUUAUAUAAUUUUUAAGCCUUAUCAAACUGUCGUCAAUGUGUAGUAUUUUUUGAAUGAAUAAUUUGUUAAUUUUUUUUUUUUAAAACGUUAAUUUUUAUAACAUUUUCGAUCAUAAUAACAUUGUACUACUAACGCACCACUAUACUUUUUAGCUUUUUGAGCCCAUUCGAUUUUCGUUCUAUAGGUACAUAUCUAGUUUAUAAAGGCAUUAAGAACAGUAUACUAACAACAAUUUUCAAAUCCACGCGAUACAGGCAGUGCACAUAAUAUUAAUAAUAAUAAUAAUAUUAAUGUUUACGAAGCUCUUUCUAUUUUAACCACAUAGUCUUACCAUAUAAAACAUAAAUCCAGUUCUGUAGACAAUGUAUGACAUAUGUAAAAUAUUCCAUUAGAUCGGUGUCUUCUUUUUUUUUACUUCUCUCCUUUUCAGAAAAGGUCUAAACAUGAAUUACAAAAAUAGUAAUACUACAAUAAAUAUAACUGUGUUGUAAUGGGUUAUGUACUAUAACAGCUAAAAUCACAUUUAUAUUAUAUUAUACCUACAUUUUUUUUUUAAUGUUGUACACUUGUGGAUUAAACAGAAUAAUUGUUCAUAAAUCAAAAUAUUAUUAUAAUAUUUACAGGAACCUACGUAGCUUUACAAAUAUUCUUGUAUACAUUUUAAUUCCUUUUUUUUUUUACUUUAUUGUACGCAAUUAUUAUAAAACAUGGCUGUGUUUUCUACUUUUAGAAAUACAAAAUAUUCAGUGUUUUCUAUCAGUUGAAUCCGUCCAAUAUUAUAAAUUAUAAUAAUUGUAUUAACACCAUACUGUUGUAUUCACGAUAAUUAUAUAAUAUAUAUAUUUUUAAAACAUUAUCAACUGAAGAAAUUACUAUUCAGCCUGAAAAGGUACCAAUAAGCCCAAAGAAAAAAUGUUCGGUGUUAUUUUUUAUCCAAGCAUAAUGUACAUUGUUUUAAUUUAAUUUUUGAUUUAUUUGAGCGAUCUCAUUUCUGUUGUAUACAGAUUGUAGUCAAAUGUUAUCUUUAAUAAUUAGUGUGUAAUUUUUUUAUUAUUAUUAUUAUUAUUUGGCUUAUUUGUAACUCCAAUUUACUGUUUCUUUUUUUUCAUUUUAUAUUUUAUUUAUAUGUUAC